CGUGGUUUGGAGAUGAAAUGUACGAAGCUCGGAAAGAUGAAAUGAACAAAUUUCGUCGUGAAUGGAUUGACUUCUGAUAGAACACAGAGCCUAGAUGUAUCUGUCCCAGCGUGGUGAAGCAAUCUAAUUUCGGAAUUGAAUCAAAAUCGGGAGAGCUGGAAUUAGUUGGCAUCUCAUUAUUCUGUAUAAGUGAUGGUGGUGUUACAAAUAACCCUCCUAGCUGAUGAAUUCAAGAAAUCAACUAAAGGUGGUCUGUCAACCUUGAAUAGACAGCUGGCUAUACAACUUGCUAAAGUUCGGAGUGUAAAGGUUUGCAUGUUAAUGCCUAAAGCCACUGAGGAAGACCGAAUAGAUGCUAAGGAGCACAAUAUCAAAAUAAUUGAAACUUUGAAGUGUGUUGGUCUUGAAGAAGCUUACUGGUUAGGAUAUCCACCAGAAGAUUUUGUUACUAACAUUGUUAUAGGUCAUGAUGUAAAGCUGGGAUGGCCUGGUCAUGUGAUCAGAAGAUUGUGUGGUGCAAAGUGGAUACAUGUUGUUCAUACAAAUGCUGAAGAAGUGGGUAUACACAGGAAUCUCAAAGGUGAAAUUUCAAGAGGGGAAGACAAGCAGGACAUUCAAAUGAAACUGUGUGAAUUGGCAGAUUUGGUAGUAACAGUUGGCCCCAAGCUGAAAAGGAGUGUUUCUGUGAGUGCUUGCUCUGGUGACAAGGUCUUUAAUUUGACACCAGGUCUUUUUGAAGAAUUUGAAAAUGAUCGUCCGGAGCUAAACAAGAAUGAUCGAUUUGACAUAUUACUCUUUGGAAGGGGAGAUCCUGAAGACCUUGAAGUUAAAGGAUUUCAAAUUGCUGUGGAUGCAUUUUGUAAGUUAAAGCGAGAGGACAAGAUAUACAACUUCAUGAUUGUUGGAGCCCCUGAAGGAAGUCAGGACGACUUGAUGGCAAAGUUGACAAGCGGUCCCGAUAGCCCUAAGCCAAUUAUAAGAAGGUAUGUAAAAGACCGAGAUGAGUUGAAGAAGUUGUUCAUUGGUGUUGAUCUUGUAUUAAUGCCGUCGAGGACUGAUGGAUUUGGUUUAGCAGCACUAGAAGCCCUGUCAGCUGGAGUAGCCAUUCUUGUGUCAAGCAAUUGUGGCUUGGCAGAAGUACUAGAAAAGAUUCCCAAUGGUUCACAAUGUGUAUUGGAGCCAGAUGAUGACUGGGUAAAGGCCAUCAAGAAAGUGAGACGAAAGAGCGAAGCAACUCGUAAUGAGGAAGCCAGAAUGCUUUGUAAAAAGUACAAUGAGAUGUACUCGUGGAACUCCCAGUGUGAUGAACUUGUAAAAAUGAUGAAAAGAAUGUGUCAAGAUACCACUCAAAAAGGUGCUUCAAAAAAGAGAAAGUCCACAGACAAAAGCAAACCAGGCAAUGAAUCAGGAGGUGCCACUCCAAGUACUGCUUCAAAAAAGAGAAAGUCCAGAGAUGAAAGCAAAUCAGGCAAUGAAUCAGGGGCAGUUACUGGGAUGUCUGGUGCUAAGGAAGAUGAUCAGUCAGUGUCAAAUGGGAUGAGCACAGCAGCAGAAGUUGCUGGAGCUAACGGGAUAGCUCCAAGUCCAAACAAAGAUGAAUCACAGGAAAAUAACGAGAGUAUGGUAAAGGAAGUCCAUGAAUUGCAGACUUUGAUUUCUCCUGGUGGAACCUCAGCCAAUGGAAACACUUCAUGUACAACAUGA